AGGAAACCACGCUCUGUCUAUGCCUCCGUUGUGUGUCCGACCCAGCGUUGUGAUUGGGGGAAGUAGUGCUCACACCAUUUCUUGUCCAUUGACAUCAGCGCUCCACGCCUGCGCCCCCGAAUUCCCAAAUCCUGCGGCGCCUCCGCCCCAACCCCGCUCGUCGACUCCUCUCUUCCGAACACGCCGGAGGAAUCCUUCUCCGACUCGUCUUCCACCUCUCUGCCGGGCUGGCGUGGAUUGGUCUCUUCUUCUGCUGGUACGAUUCGAUUGAUGACCUCAUCAGGGAAGAAUGUUUUGCAGUCUUACAUGAGUUAAAGGGAUAGAAAGUGCAACAACCGUGGAAUAAAGGACUCGUGCUUUUGAGUAAUUCAGGAGGAGUACAUGCAUCACGAAGCCUUGAUUCUGGAAUGGUGUCCAGUCGAAGGAACAGUGGGAUUAUCCUACGGGAAGGGUCGGUUAGGGACUGGUCCGAGUUCAACAAUCCCUCGCCGUCCCCAAAACUGCUGUACUCACAGUCCUAUGUCGCAAUGAGGGGGUUGCUGGCCUCAGUGAUCUCCUUGGACUUUUUCCUGCUGUCGAGCAAGCUAAAAUCUGUGUGCGCGGCUAUGACUUCCCAGAGGCAUAGCCGAUCACAGGAGAGGUCAAAAUCAAAGGGGUUGACCUGCAGGAGAGUUGCAGUCCAUCUGCUGUUCUUUUUCAUGGUUGGCAUUUUCAUUGGGUUCAUGCCUUUGUUCUCUGUCGAUGUUUACAAGAAAAUAGUAUCCGAAAACGAGAGGCUUCCGUUCCAUGAUGGUGUGAUUGAGGUGGAAAUGAUGGGCACCAAAGUUAAGGAGUUGGAGACAGUUGUAGUAGAGAAAGAGGUCGAACUGAUUGACGAGCCUCAGGUUCAAGAGAGCCCUCCAGUUCCUGCAAUGUUGGAUGAUGAGGCAGAUUUUGCUGAAUCUUCACCUGCAUUACCUGCUAUUGAAGAAUCUGACAUUCCUGUGAAGAAGCUGCUGAUAAUCGUGACGAUCACUUCUGUUCGGCCACAACAGGCAUAUUACUUGAAUCGGCUAGCCCAUGUUUUGAAAGCUGUACAGGCACCUCUUUUAUGGUUGGUGGUGGAAUGGCCUGAACAGUCCUAUGAAACAGCAGAAAUUCUGAGGUCUUCUGGGGUUAUGUACAGGCAUCUUAUAUGUAGAAAGAAUACCACGAGUGUACGAAAGAUUGCUGUAUGUCAAAGGAAUAAUGCAAUCUAUCAUGUCAAAAGGCAUCACCUUGAUGGUAUAAUGCAUUUUGCUGAUGAAGAGCGGUCAUACUCAGCUGAUGUAUUUGAAGAAAUGCAGAAGAUCAGUGGAUUUCCUUUCCUAGCAUCACCACAUGUAAAACAGGGGAGAUUUAAGAUCCAACACAUCAGCGAAGUGGCGCCCUUGCUGGUGAAUUUUCGGCACCCUGUUCUGCUCGCCUAUUCUAUUGUGUAUGUAUGCCAGCAAACUGAUUGUUUUAUUUUCUAGACACAAGAAUACGUCCAGGUCUCGUAGAACACCUAACGCUGGUAAGUACUCCUAAUAUGCAAGUGGUUAUGCUGAUGUUGAUGAAUCGAUUGGUAUUUUGAGACUUGUAUUAUGUCUCCUUUGAGCAGGUUUUAGUUUCACCAGGUACACUACAUUAUUUGUUCACCUUAUUAUGAUUAUUUGAUCACUGUAUUUUAUUAUUUGAUCACUGUAUUAUCUAGAAAAAUUACGAAUAUGCCUACUCCUGUAUCAUAAUCACUUGUUGCCUACUCUGUCAGCCUUUGCAAAGAUUGCUACUGUUUUGUUGUCUAAACCACUGGCUAUCAAAAUUUCUUAAAGUGUUGUGUUAGUUCUGUAACCUUCAUCGGUCUAGAUAUUUUGUAUCUAAUCAUCCUCUAAUAAGCACAUCUGUUAAGUUCAAGUUAACACAGUUACACUCCCAUACAUGUAUACAAUGACGAUGACCUGUUGUACAUUCUUAUUGCUUGGGUAUUCAUUCUCUGGUGCUUAGAGUCUAAUGGAUGGUAUGAUCACUGCUUAGUAUGUUUUGUUUUGUUUUUGAACUGAAUUAUCUCGACCUUUUAUCUAGGAUUGUGCAGUGAUCUAGGGAUUGCGUAUUAGGAUAUUGAGGAUGGGAUUUUCACAAAUUGCUAUAGUCCAAUUAUUUUCUUCCCUUCUACCCUGAUACAUGCCAGAUCAUCUGUUAUAAUGGUGUUUGCUGCUGGAGGCACAUCCCGAUUCGUCGAUAGGGCUGAGUGCACCUGCCUCAUUCACAAGAUAAACGACGCUCCGCGUCAGCAUCCUCCCCGUUCGCGAUUGGCUCGAGCGGCACCGAUGGAGCGACGACUCUGUUUCCCAGAAGGCGAAAGGACGAUGAGAUCGACAGACGAUUCGUGCCGAUCGCACACCGGUAGGCGGUGGCGAGCCGCGUGAGAUCUCUCGCGUCCUCCCGGUUCUCAGGGACCACGACGUCCGCGCCGACGCGCACCUCUACAACGCGCUAAUGAAGGCGAACGUCGCGGCGGACGACCCCGGUGCCGUCCUCAGGGUGUUCCGGCAGGUUUCAGUUACUGGUACAUUCUUGGUGAAUAAAGAACAUGUGGAAAGUCACAGGUGGUCAUGUAUGUUUGGGGAUGUUGAAGUACCAGCUGAGGUUUUGACCGAUGGCACGCUACGCUGCUAUGCACCAGCACACCAAUCAGGAAGAGUUCCAUUUUAUGUGACCUGUUCAAACAUGGUGGCUUGUAGUGAAGUGCGAGAAUUUGAGUAUCGUGAUUCUGAAGCUCAUUACAUGGAGACUUCUCGUUCCCAAGCCAAUGGUGUAAAUGAAAUGCAUCUACACAUUCGUCUUGAGAAGCUACUCACUUUGGGGCCAGAUGACCAUCAAAUGCUUGCUAUAAAUUCCUUAAUGCUUGAUGGGAAAUGGUCAAAUCAAGAAUCUUCUGUCAAGGAAGUAGUUUCCACUGCUAGGGUCCAAAGUUUAAAGAAACUGGUGAAAGAGAAGCUGCAUCAAUGGCUCAUCUGCAAAGUAAACGAUGAUGGAAAGGGUCCCAAUGUUCUGUGCAAGGAAGGACAGGGUGUGAUUCAUUUAGUAGCAGCACUGGGUUAUGAUUGGGCUAUAAGACCGAUAAUAAUUGCUGGUGUCAAUGUGAACUUCCGGGAUGCUCAUGGAUGGACUACACUCCACUGGGUUGCGUCUUUGGGAAGAGAGCGGACAGUUAGUGUUCUCAUAGCAAAUGGACACAAGAUCCCGAUGCGGCAGUGGCGGACAGCAACGGGCGCUCAACGCCAUCGCGCCUCCUGCGAACCCAUGGUGAGAUGUGUGGUCUCGAUCUAGAGUCGAAGGACUUCCCCAACACCCUUUCCUCCAUCGGCGCGACAUCGGCCAGCUCAUCUGCGACGAUGAGGCAUCUUCGACCGACUUCCCAACACCCCAUCCUCCAUCAAUGCGGCUCCAGUACCCCUUCCUCCAUCGGCGCGACAGCAUCCAGUUCAUAUUGAAUUUCCUCUCAAUUGUUUUUAACUUUCUAAUUUAUUAAUCGCUGGUGUUAGAACAGGUAGGUGGCGGCUAAGAAAAAUGAAGAUGGUGGCAGCUAAGAAACUCUAAAGCCACUUCUGAUUCACAUAUGAUGCGACCACAGAAAUUGAAGAUGUCGUGACCUGGGAAUAGAUUCGGCAGAAGUGGAUUAUUUGCAUGCUCAAUCUAUGUUCAUUGCUGAAGUUACCUUUCAAAUUCAAAUUCUCGGGUAGAGCCACCUUUAAUUGUGAUGUACAGAGAUAUCAGUAUCAUUAUCUAAAAUAUUAUCACAGAACUGAGGAAGGAGAAAAAAGGUGGAGCAUCUUCAAACAAGAACAACCGGGUACGGUUCCUCAAAUCCUCUGUUUGGUGGAGCAUCUUCAAACAAGAACAACCGGGGAUGCUUCUAGCUCUGGUACUCUUUUUUGAUAACAGGAAGUUCAAGGAUGUGAAUUUUCCACCAGCUAUGUCUCCCCCAAAACGGUGGGAUCAUGUGUGGUAUGCUCUAACAGGGUAUGGUAUUGGCUUGGUAGCUGCACUAGAUGCUGGGAUCUUGUCUUAGUCUCCUCAACAGCCUUACUGUACCUGUUUGAUGAGGAAGUACUACUACUAUUACAAUUGAUGCUUCAGUUCUACGACUUCUUUCAAACCAAGCGUCCACACAUAUCUUGAGCAUUCUCACUGGGCUUCUGUCCUUCAUGAUGGACGAUGCACUGACAACUGGAAGCAUCAAGACAUCAGAUGCAGAAAAGAGGCGUUUAGCAAAAGCUUCCCUUGCCUACAAUUGUGAGAGAGUGCAAAGACAAACCUGAACGUCGAGCAGGUUUUCUUUUCUAUAGCAAGGGAUAUCAAACAGAGACUUUCAGAGACUGAUUCCAAGCCUGAGGAUCGAACUAUCAAGAUCAAGGCUGAAGGGGAAGCUGAUGCAGCAGAGGCGCAGAAAUCAGCUUGCUGCGACUCUUGAACGGUUGUGGCCGCAGGAUAGUUUCAUAAUUUUUUUUCUUUGCCAGCAAGUCUCUCCUUGUGCUUGAGCUAUCACAAUUGCUGUGGUUUGGACAAGUGGGUGUUACGUCAGAACUAAUUACUUGCUAUAUUGCGGAAACCCUGCUCUUGAUAACGACGAUCACAUAUGCAACUGGGCGGGUGGGUGGUUUGAUCUCGUGAUGGCUACUGCUAUGGCUGUAGAGUCAUAGAGAUGGCAUUGGAGUUGUAUGGUGCAUGUUAUUUAAAAAACAUGAGGAAGUACUACUACAUUACUGUUCAUGUAAUUUCACAUCUUGAUGAUUUUGAUAUUUUCAGAAAUAAGGAUUUCUAUGGUGCAUGUUAUUUAAAAAACAAGCCAACUAUAGCUUGUGUGAGGUCAUAGGUGCUUGCAAUUAUUGGAACUGGUCCAUGCAAAUCAUUUUUGCUCAAAAUCCAACUUGGCCAAUCAUUAGUAGGUCAAGUUAUAUUCAUGAAACCUUUUGUUUGUUGUUUCUUUGCCUAAAAACAUGCUUUCAUUGGUUAGUUCAUUAUCCUGGAGCUGCAGAGGGACUUUAUGUAGCAUGAUCCAUGCUCAGGUAUUGCGAUUUUGGCAAUUUCUGUAAUGUAACAUGGAAUUGGUGAAGGUCCUUGGUCGAGUAAUCACAAUACUAUUGAUAUUAUUCAUAUUGAUUAAAUUUUUAUCAUUGGUUCUCUUUGUUUGUUAUAUUAUCUUGUGUCAUCGAUUAACAACUCUUUCACCGGACGUCUUGAGGUGACUUUAGUUUCUUGUCUUUUAUAUGUAUCCUGACAUAAAACCAGUGCUUAUUUUCUAUUCGUGCAUGUGCAGGUGCUGUACUGUUUCUUAGAAUUUUCCAGCAACUUCGAUGGGAGGAAUUUUGUUUGAGCUUGUGGGCCCAAUUCAUAUCAGUCGCGACCCUGGGACUAUCCCACGUCCUGCGGCGAGCUUGCAGCGCUGCUGCGCCUCGGAUACGCGGACAAGUCACUACUUGGGACUAUUUACACCCCUAAAAGGGAAACACACAGAUGAAGUUGCUAAAUCCAAGCAAUCAAUUGUCUCCACAAAAACAAAGAAGAAACUUCAGAGAUUGCCAGAUGGGUGCCAUCCUGAUUUUGAUAAUGAUCAUCUGUGUUCUGUAAAUAAUCAUGACCUGCUUCCUGAAAUAAGUACUCCAAGUGUUGACCUUCAUCUACUUCCUGAGACAGGAGUGGAAAACAUGAGGACACCUAAAAGUCUUCACGCCGAACUUAAGCAUGAGCUGUUAAAGCUAAAUACGGUGUUAAAGCUACCAGAUAAUGUACUCUUUCUGGCCAACCAGUUCCUUGAAUAUCUUUUAAAUAAUCAUUUAGUUGUGCGGGAGCCACGGAGCAUACUGCAUGCGUUCAACAUAGCCUUGUGUUGGCGUGCUGCUUCUUUUCUGAAAUACACUGAGUUGAAUCGUCGAGAAUCACUUGCCCUUGCUUCAGAUGGAUUGAAUUAUGAAUGCAAUGAGGCUCCAUCAUAGGCAGGCUUAUAGGUUCGUAGUAUCGUUAGGACGGGCAUCUUACUAUAACAAUAUAAGACACAUUUUGUAUAUAUAACACAUGUGCAUAUAUAAGUUAUCGAGAUAUUAUA